AUGACUUGCUCCAAGAACCGCGACGACUACACAGUCGGAUGGGUGGCCGCGCUCUCGAUCGAGCGGGCCGCCGCCAUCGCCAUGCUCGAGGAGAAGCACGACAAGCCUCUCGACUUCAGCAACCCAACCAGUGACCCAAACACAUAUGCAUGGGGCCGUAUCGCCGAGCACAACAUCGUGAUUGCAUCGCUGCCUGCUGGGGUGUACGGGACCACAUCAGCCGCAACAACUGCCACAAAUAUGCUCUCCUCUUUUCCCAACGUCCGCGUUGGCCUGAUGGUUGGCAUUGGGGCUGGCAUCCCGGACUUGGACAUCCGGCUUGGCGAUGUCGUCGUGAGCCAGCCGUCAGGAACGGGUGGCGGCGGCUUUCUCAACGCGCCGCCCCAAGCUCUCCUCACAGCCCUGGGCGCGCUGCAGGCUGCCCAUGAGAUGCAGCCCUCCCGAGUUCCAGAGUUCUUGGGAGAGAUGCUCGAGAGAUACCCACAAAUGGCGAAGGGAACUGCAACAAAACCAAGCUAUGCGUUUCCUGGGCGCCUGCACGAUAGGCUGUUCGCGCCGACCUACAAGCAUGCCGCAGGGAGGAGAAGUUGCCAGCAGUGCGAUCCGGCACAGGAGAUUCCCCGCGAGGAACGUGAAGAAUCCGAUCCCGUUAUCCAUUAUGGCUUGAUCGCGUCAGGGAACACGUUGGUGAAGGAUGCCGAGGCGAGGGACGCUCUCUUGGCGGAGCUUGGUGAUGAGUGCAUGUGUCUGGAGAUGGAGGCAGCAGGGCUGAUGAACAGCUUCCCCUGCAUUAUCGUGCGAGGCAUCAGCGACUACGCCGACUCGCACAAGAACGACCGGUGGCAGAGGUAUGCAGCGGCGGCGGCGGCGGCUUUUGCCAAGGAGUUCCUAUCGUGCGUCCCUGCGAGCGAUGUACAAAACACCCCAAGCGCGGUCAAGAUUCUCCAGGACAUAAACCAAAAGAUGGGCGAGAUUCACCACGAUACAAAAGCGGGCUUUGACAGCAUGCAUCUGCAGAAGAGACAGGAGAAACUCGAUGCCUGGCUGUCCGCGAUAGACCACUCCACCAACCAACAGAGGGCUCGGGACACGCGCCAGGAGGGCUCAGGCCAAUGGUUUCUUCAAGGCGAACACUUUUCAACCUGGCAGACAGAGCCUGCUUCCUUCCUCUGGCUACACGGCAUUCCCGGCUGCGGCAAGACAGUGCUCAGCUCUGCCAUUGUCGACCAUCUCCAACAGACUCCUUCCGAUGGCGAUUCCGACAUCUUGUUGCUCUAUUUCUACUUCGACUUCACCGAUAGCCGCAAGGAGUCACUAGACAAUGCAGUUCGAUCCCUUAUCAGUCAGCUCUACUACAAGGAGCCACAGUCGCAGAAACACUUGGAUCUGCUCUGGUCCCAGAAAGGCAGAGAGCAGCCAAGUACUCAAGAACUAUCCAGCACCUUUGAGAAGAUGCUCGAAGAUGCUGGUGAGGUCUGGGUCAUCCUCGAUGCACUUGACGAGUGCAAAACUCGAGACGGGUCCCCAGCGCCAGGGCUUCUAAAGUGGCUCGAGAAUCUCCACUUGCGCCACAAAAGCCUACACCUGCUCGUCACUAGCCGCCCAGAAAACGAUAUCAAGUCAGCAAUUGAGAGUUUUGCCAAGAAGGAAUGGGUUCUUUGCCUAGAGAGCCAUCUUGUUGCAAAGGAUAUCCACAACUUCAUCCACGAACGAGUUACAAAACAUGACGACCUCAAGAGAUGGCGCAAGCGUCCAGAGGUACAGCAGGAAAUCGAGCGCGUUCUACAAGCUAAGAGCGACGGCAUGUUUCGCUGGGUAGCAUGUCAGCUGCAAAUCCUCAAAGAUUGCACAGACUAUUUCUUGUUGAAGAAGGCCUUAUCAUCCUUGCCCGAAACAUUGAGCGCCACAUAUGCGCGGAUACUUGAGAGCAUUCCUGAGAUGCAUCUACCCUCUACUGCUCGAAUCUUACAUUUCCUGAUAUUAUCGGACCGUGCGUUGCGUCUCGACGAGGCUGUCGAUGCGAUCGCAGUACAACCAUCGGAGAGACCCCGAUUCAAUCCUAUCAACCGCAUGCCCGAUCCUCUCGAGAUAUCACGGUACUGCUCCAGCCUAGUGAUCCUCACAACAAGAGACACUGGAGAAGAAGAAAUUGUUGAGAUGCAGCUCGCUCACUUCUCAGUCAAGGAGUUCUUCCUCUCUAAGCCUCCCAAUCUAUUGAAGCCUGGAAUCAACAAGUAUUUUGGCGACAGAGCAGCCAGAAUCACUUUUGCAGAAACCUGCCUCUCCUACUUGCGAGAAUUGAACGAGACUGACUCUAUCUACACAAUUCUGGAGUCGCGUCCAUUCGCCUUGUACUGUUCCGAGUACUGGUCACGCCAUGCCGCCAUGGUGGAGGACGAGGAGAGUGUGGCGAGUCUAGUCCAAGCUUUUUUUACGGAUCCCGGUUUCUAUACAACAUGCUAUCAGUUGUUUAAUCCUGACUGGCCUUGGAAAGCCCUCCCAGGAAAGUCGGAUGUAGAAGCAGGAGGCUUGUAUUAUGCUUCUCAAGGAGGGUUCAAGCAGGCAGUGACAACACUGCUCAAUAGAGGUGCUGAUGUGAAUGUCCAGGGCGGAAAUCACAGCAAUGCUCUCACAGCAGCUUCAGCCAAAGGACAUGAACAGAUUGUUCAGAUGCUUCUUGAUAAAGGAGCUGAUGAUUUGAACAGUGCUCUUCAAGCUGCUUUAUUGAGAGGAUAUGAACAGAUUGUUCAGAUGCUUCUUGAUAAAGGAGCUGAUGAUUUGAACAGUACUCUUCAAGCAGCUGCAAUAAGAGGAUAUGAACAGAUUGUUCAGAUGCUUCUUGAUAAAGGAGCUAAUGUGAAUAUCCAGAAUGGAAACCAUGGCAGUGCUCUUCAAAUAGCUGCAAGAGGAGGAUAUGAACAGAUUAUUGUUCAGAUGCUUCUUGAUAAAGGAGCUGAUGUGAAUAUCCAGAGCAAAUACUAUGGCAGUGCUCUUCAAGCAGCUGCAAUAGAAGGAUAUGAACAGAUUGUUCAGAUGCUUCUUGAUAAAGGAGCUGAUAUGAAUAUCCAGAGCAAAUACUAUAGCAGUGCUCUUCAAGCAGCUAUAAUAGAAGAAUAUAAACAGAUUAUUUAG